AUGCUAAGUAAGCACAUUACUCAUUUAACGCUGAACAACCCUAGCGCGUUGGUACUGUCAAUUGUGCCCACAUUAAGAGAUAAGGCUGAAAGGUUAAGGAAGGUGUCCACAGUCGCGGAUGCACAGCAGAUGGGAAAGAAGGCGUGGGAAACUGGCUUCAGAGCAGGCUGUCUGGCUGAUGUCGUUGCAGGUGAGGUGCAUCAAGCCGCGGCCCCAGAACCUGCCAACUGUGAGGGCGCAAGCAGUGGUGGAACUGGGCCGAAGGCCACCUGGGCGCUAGACGAAUACUUUCCCCCCAGGAAGCGUGGGGGAGGAAGCGGCUACCUUUGGCUGAGGAAAGAGGUCGUUGACCCAAGCAAGAGCUGCAGGCCAGGACUUUUGGCAGCUGAAGAACUCCUUGCCAGCCUGCCACCCUUUCUCCAUCCUCCCCGGCCUGCCCACUGCCAACCAGGUCCUGGAGAGUGGACUCUAUACAGAGAAACGCGGGGGCGGUGCUGGGGUCUGGUGCUCUGGCUGCCCGCAUGCGUCGCAGCCCACGGCUUACGCAUCCAUGAUUAUUUAUACUUCCAAGUACUGAGUCCUGGGGACAUUCGAUACAUCUUCACAGCCACACCUGCCAAGGACUUCGGUGGUAUCUUUCAUACAAGGUAUGAACAGAUUCACCUUGUCCCUGCUGAACCUCCAGAGGCCUGUGGGGAACUCAGCAACGGUUUCUUCAUUCAAGACCAAAUUGCUCUGGUGGAGAGAGGGGGCUGCUCCUUCCUCUCCAAGACCCGAGUGGUACAGGAGCAUGGUGGGCGGGCCGUGAUCAUCUCUGACAAUGCAGUUGACAAUGACAGCUUCUAUGUGGAAAUGAUCCAGGACAGUACCCAGCGCACAGCUGACAUUCCUGCCCUCUUCCUGCUGGGCAGAGAUGGCUACAUGAUCCGUCGCUCCCUGGAACAGCAUGGGCUGCCAUGGGCCAUCAUUUCCAUCCCAGUCAACGUCACCAGCAUCCCCACAUUUGAGCUGCUACAACCACCCUGGACCUUCUGGUAGAACUGGUCCAACAUUCCAGCCUUAAGUGACCCUGGGCUUGGAAGGGGAAACCCAGGCAUUCUACUAUUUAGAAUCUGGGGAGAAAAAUCUGUAGACAAGGGGAGCCAAGCAGAGGGAAGAAAGCUCACAUCACAGGCUCUCCCUUCACCAAGGCGCCCAAGGACAUCUUGGGCUACAGGAACAGGAAAGAGCCAGGCUCCAGGGCUUCUGGCAGGAAUCUAGAACAAAACGAGCUAGAAGGAGGCCACCUGUGACAUUCCACCUGAUUCAAGCUCCCCAACCCACAGUCUCCUCACAGUGACCUUCACAGGAAUUACUGGAGAGGUUUAAAGAAUUGGUGUCUGGGGACUCAAUAAACUCUGAUUUUUUAGCAAUAAAGCUCAUCAGGGUUCUGUCUCCUAAAACACAGGGGGUGGGAUAUCCACACUUAAUUCCUCUGGUCCCAAAUCAUUUUGAGGGAAGACAGUUGAGGUCCAGUGAAGACACUUUCCCUAGAUCCUUUAGGACCAAUGCACAGGAAGCUCCAGAUAGCUGUAGUUCAGCCCCUUAAGGAGAAGAAUCAUCUUGUAAACUAGUGUUGAUGAAAACCAGCCUUUGGAGGACAUUUAUUCUGACUUUAGAAAUAUUGUCACAGCAGUGUGGCUGAGACGAGAUGAGCAUAGCUGGGAAGACUGUACCUCUUAUCUGCCACUGUCACCUGGUCUAACUUGUGUACCUCUGUCUGCUGAGAGCCCUGUCCAGCCAUUCUCCACAA